AUGUCUAAAAGAGACAAAACGAAACUUUCAGACAGAUCUACACCAGAGGCAUCAUGUAGUAAGGUCUCCGAACAAUCCAUCACAUCAAGUUUAGUGUCAGAGUCGGUCGAAGAGCCUGAGGAUGGACAAGAAUCAAGUUCUGCUGUGUCUCUACACACGAAUGACUUUCAGACGAACCAUAAUAAAGUUCCAAUUCUUCACAAUAUAAUCGUGGAAAGAUAUGAGGGUGACAAGUGUGGAGAUUUAUUUCAUGGAGAAGGUGUCGCUUAUUUUCAAGGUGGACACGUAUACAAGGGUAGUUUUUCAAACGGGUUAAUGCAUGGCCGUGGUGAAUAUAUCUGGUCGGACGGUUUGAAGUAUCAGGGUGAUUUUAAAUCAAAUGUUCCAAUGGGACAUGGGACUUACACCUGGCUAGAUGGCAGCACUUAUGAGGGACAGGUGCACCAUGGUAUCCGUCAUGGUGUCGGGACGUACAAAUGUGCCAAAACCUCUAAUGUGUACAGAGGUCAGUGGUAUCUUGGCAGAAGACAAGGGAAGGGGAUAAUGCACUAUAACCAAACAUCAUGGUACAAGGGUGACUGGUUGAACAACUGCAGAGAGGGCUUUGGAGUGCGCCAUUACCCAUCUGGGAAUGUAUAUGAGGGACAAUGGAGGAACAAUGUCCAAAAUGGAGAAGGAACAAUGAGAUGGAUUCAGUUGGAUCAGCAAUACAGUGGACAGUGGGUCAGUGGUGUCCAGGAUGGAAAAGGGACGCACACAUGGUUUCGUAGAAGACUUCCUUGUUCUCAGUACCCUUGUAUGAAUGAGUACAAUGGGGAAUUUGUUCAGGGCAUGCGUCAUGGUAGAGGAAAGUUCUCAUACGCCAGUGGUGCUGUGUAUUGUGGAGAAUGGAAACAUGACAAAAAACAUGGACAGGGAAAGUACACUUUCGAAAAUGGACAUGCAUUUGAAGGGGAGUUUAUUAAGGACUGCAUGGCUGAAUUUCCUGCUUUCACUCCUGGUGUGAAUGGGACUAGUACUCCUUCCCCAGGCAAGAGUGACUCAUCUAAGAUACAGUCAAGCACAAACUACUCACUGCUUGGAUCUGACAUGGCUUUGAACAUCCAGACCCUGAUAAGCAGAGUCCCUGAAGCUCACAGAGACCAAGAACUCAAACAGGUGGAAUUUGCAGUGCUAAGACACAUUGGUUUGUUGAGGGAAAUAUAUAGCUUCUACAGCAGCCUGGGGCAUGAGCAGUCUCCAGACAAAACAUUCCCACUUACCCACCUUCAGUUCUUGCGAUUUCUCAAGGACUGUAAGGCGCACCAGCAUGGAAUCACCCUAGCGCAAAUGGAUCGUCUCAUCAGCGGUAAUGUGCAUUCUCCUUUUACUACCAUUCUACCAAGAGAGUGUGUCAGCUAUAUUAUCACAGCAGCAUACCAUAUUUACUACAAAGACAUUGAGUCCUCAAUUAAUGUACUUGCAGCAUGUUUUUCAAAGCUCAUGAAGCAAAACAUCAUCCCCAAUGCAAAGAAUGUCAAAGGGCCUCUGUUUUGCCAUCCUGUGCAUGCUGCGGUUGUGUGUAACUACACAGACAGAUGCUGGGACAUUUACCAGGCUCUAUGUAAUGCAAAUACAUUCCACCCUGGCCAAAGCUUGACUGUAAGGCAUUUCAUUUGGAUGCUCAAGGACCUCUGUCUAUAUGACAAUGAGCUGACUGUAUCUAAAGUACUAGAGAUCCUCUCGGUGGAAAGUCCUGCCAUCUACAAUAUCACCCACAGCAACCUGGAUCUGGAGAUUACUUUUCUAGAGUUCUUUGAGGCAUUGCUGGGCUGUGCUGAGGUGAAAGGCAAGCCAAUCCAAGACAUGGGUCAUCAGGAAAACACAGUACAGGACAUUACAGAGCUAAGGUUACUUCAGAAUGAAUCAAGGAAAAAAAUCUCCUACUCUGGCAUUUCCUCUUGUGCUGGCAGUACAAAGUCACUUGAGCUAUCCCUGUUUGAAGAAAUGGAAAAACAAAGUCCUGCACUCACCUCCAAAGAGGUUGUUGAAGUCACAGGAACUGAGAAACAGCUAGAGGACUGGACUCAGAAAACACAGCAGUUCUUCACUAGGAUCUUUUUCCCUGCAUAUGCACGCAGUGUGAAGGUCAAGGAGCUGGUGAAGGAGGAGAGACUCCGGUUGAUAGAGAAGAACAAAACUGCUCUUGCAGAAACAACAGACAAGCAAAGACAUAUUAAGCAAUUGGAGUCUGUGAAGAGAAGGGAAGAGGAAGAUGGAAACAGAAGGGGCGUUCCAGACAAUAAUCUUAAUCACUCGCCACCCCCUGCCAUGACCCCUGUGACCUCCACCACAUUUGUUGCUUCAAAAUCCUCAUCCAAUAGCAGGAGUAAGAAAAAGAAGUGAAUUUAUAGAAUAAAAU